GAAUAGGAAGACAUGCGCCACUCACUGACCCAACUACUAUUGUUCUCGGAUACGAGUGAGUUCAUUGGAGCGUUGUGGUAGGAGUGGUCAUUGAAAGCUCCACUCAACAGAAUACUAGGUUUUGAAUAGAAAAAUACACCUGUGUUACCUGGCAGGUCGUCCUCAUCCUCCAGGAGGCUAGAAUCUUACCAUGACCAGAGAACCUUCUGGAGUGUUUGGAUACACAGCACGGGUGUCAUUUUGCUGUUUAAUCUCGCGUAGACGAAGGGAAUGAGAUUAGUUGAGGAUGGAACCUCCAUUGAAACCAAUCAUAAAUGCCCUGUGAGCCAACAGGAAGUGUUGGUAGUACGACGGGACAUGUGAAGUGGGAGAGGGAGGAUUUCGGCCUGUCAAAAGCCGCAACACAUGCAACUGGACAUGCUCCGGUGGCGGCAGUGGAGCAUCGCACCCAAGCCACGCAGUGAGUGAAUGCUGAUUGACAGAUUGCAUGUCAAGGUCGGUAUAUAUCCCCCACGCGAAGCCUCGCUCCUCCAUCCUCCACCUCUCAGCACUGCUUCUCACGCUGGCAACAAUGGCAUGGCUAUCGACCUCUACCCUCAUCGUCGCCUUCGCUUGGAUGGCCGGUGCAACCCCAGGACCAAGUCCGGGGAUGCAGAACCUAGACGUCACCCUGGGAAGAGGCAUCACGUAUGGCCUGGGGAACAUCACCUACUUUGCCAACACAAGAUACCCAAGGAGCACAGUGGAAUUGGAGCCCGCCAAUAACAUCAGUGUCGACUUCACUGGGUUUACACAGAUUACAGUGAUUAUGGUCAACGAAAGUUCGGUUACUGGCAAGCUCCUAGAGUCGACAAUUUCCAGCUACCUCGCGGAGGAUGAUGUUUUCUCAGAAAGCUUUCUCAGCCAUCUCUACAUCUCAUCUCCUCUGGCCCACGUUACUCUCGACAAGACAUCUCUCCAUUACCUGAACAACAUCAGUGUUGCCCAUCUCUACCUGGAAUCUACAGCAUUCAGCCAAAUCACAAAUCGUGCCCUCCCAGUACACAGCAACGGCCAACACCUGCCAUCUGGGCCCUACACUGCCUUGAUAUCAGACAAGACGAUCAACUUCUUCGAUACCUAUAGGCUAUAUGAAGACACCUACCGCACCUUCAUCACCGGAGCAUAUUCAUCCAACGACGGCACGGACUCCUUCAACCCACUCCCCUCCAUGCGCUCUCAAGUAUGGGCGCCCCUAAUACCAGUCCCGACACCAGCCAUCCAACGCCUUAUCGACCUAGGGGCCGUCCUCGUAGGCAAAUACAAGCUGGCCCAAUUCGCCUCCAGAGCCAACCCAUGGGACUGGACCGACGAACAAUACCCCUUCAACCCCCGAGGCGACGGCUACUUGACCUGCGCCGGCUCUUCAUCCGGAGGAGGCUGCUCAGUCGCCGCCUACGACUGGCUCGACAACGCCAUUGGAACCGACACAGGCUCCUCCAUGCGCCGCCCCGCCGCCGUCCCCGGCACAUAUGGCAACCGGCCCAGUCAAGGCAUGAUGACUCUCGACGGCGUCCUCCCCGUCAGCUGGGCCCAGGACACCAUCGGCCUCUUUGGCCGCAACCCAACAUCAUGGUCCCAAUUCGCCAAAGCCUGGUACACUCCAUCCCUGCACCAGAACACCUCCAUCACCGGCCUUUCUCCCCUCUCCAUCCCCAACUCCACAGCCUUCCCCUCCCGCAUCCUCUAUCCAGACGAAUACUUCCCCAUGCGCAACCCAGCCGCCCAAGCCAUCCUCAACUCUACCCUGACCCGCAUCUCCACCCUCUUCAACAUGACCAUCCACCACUUCAACCUCACCGCAACCAUCACCUCCGCAUCCAUCUUCCCCGACACAAACCUCAACUGA